UAUAUUUAUUUUUAGGGCUUUAUCACUUAAAUUUAAAACUACACAUGCCCCACCCGGUGAUGUCUUAGUCCACAAAGGCGAUGUCUUAACAUCUUUAUUUUUUAUAGCUAGAGGUUCAAUUGAAAUUCAAAGAGAUAAUACAGUGGUAACAAUAUUGGGGAAGGAGGAUAUUUUUGGAGAAAAUCCUUGCAUGUAUCCGAAUAUUGGAAAAUCGAAUAGCAAUGUACGUGCGCUUACUUAUUGUGAUUUACAUAAAAUACAUCGAGAUGACUUAUUAGAUGUAUUGGAAUUGUAUCCAGAAUUUUUUAAUGCUUUUGUAGCGAACUUAGAUAUAACAUAUAAUAUGAGAGAUGAACAACAAAUUGCCGUUGAUGUCAAACAUAGAUAUAUACGAGCAAGAUGCGGAGAUUCUGAUAGAAGCACCAGUGAUAUUAAUUCCGUGAGAAUUUAUGGUCCGCGAAAUAAAAUGCAAAAAAAUGGUAAUAUUCGUAAAAAAAUUAUGCACGAACCAUCUUUAGCUGGUAAUAAUCAACUAGGCAAUAUCGAGAAAUGCUGUGGAUGCAAAAACAAAACUGCCUUUCGAUCACCUUCUAUUAAAAUUACAUGUUAACACGAACGAAUUUUUUGUAUUGGAAUUUGUAAAUUAAAAAUAAAAAAUAUUUAUAUAAAAAUGUAUAAAUAUAUAAUUGUUUUUUAUUUAAAUUGUUAAUCGUUUCAGCAAGAAACGCAGUUGUAUAAAGUAAUGGAAGGAUCACUCCAUCGAUCACUUAUAUCGAAAAAAUUAACGAAUUAAUCAGUUGAAAUUAAUUCAAAUGAUAUUAAUAAAUAAUUUAUUGUG